AUGCCGAUAAAUAGAUCGCCUCCUCUUACGGCUACAACUAAGUUAUCGCUCACUACGCCGCUGUUAGCCCCGUUGCAACAUAGUUCAUCCGUGCCGAAUAUUGCAAGCGAGGAGCGCGAGAAGCGUCCGGAAUGUGACAUUCCUAACGUUACUCAACGUAAUAAACAACAGCAGGAUAAAAAAAUUGAGAAGAUUUACACAUCAAUUGAGGAGAUUAAAGCCCAAAACGUGACUAUUCAAUCUACGGUCACUUUCUUGUCACAGAAUUACGAUGCGCUACAGGAUAGAAUCAAUCAAUUGGAGACACAACUUGUGAAAGAAAGAGAAACUAAUUUGUUGCAUCUACAAAAAUUGGAAGACAAUCUUGAAAAAAUGGAGCGGGGAGCUAGGAUUGGUUCCCUCAUAAAUGUACCGGUGCAGGUUCAUGACGUGAGGGAUAUCUUCCGCACUCGCUCAAAGGAUGUUGAUAGCAGGCCUAUAAUAGUGGAAUUUACCACUAAUCUACUUAAAGAGAAAUUUAUUUAUAUGCAAAGGAAAUUUAAUAAGGAAAACAAACUCUCUACCGAGCACCUGAGACUUGGUGGGCCGGCUAAACCAGUGUUUGUAUCAGAAAAUCUAACACCAAAAAUGAAAAGGCUAUUCUUCCUUGCCAGAGACUUUGCAAGUAGUAAUCAAUACCGGUACUGCUGGGUUACGAAUGGCAAAAUAUAUCUACGUGAAAAACAAGGAGCUCCGCACAUUAUGAUUAAGUCUGAGUCUGACUUGCCCAAAAAGUGA